AUGCGAACAAGAAACCAGUCCAAGAGGCCCCAUCAAUCCACCGGUGAGCAAGAAGCAACGAAACAUCAUCUUGAAUCAGAGAACAUCGAUGAUAAUGAAACUCUUACAAACAUAUCUCGAGGUGCUGUGGGGAAACUCUUGAAAAGAGUUAAAAGGGGUUUUAAUAAAGAAGACAUUAGUUACCUACGUCGAUGUGAUUCUGUAGCCAAGCCAGAGAGAGAACAGAAAGGUAAUGAUGACGAAUCUACAGGUACUGCAGCAUCAAGUGAUACGAGAGAAACUGAAUUUUGUAGUAGAGAUGCAAUUGAUAAUGUUCCGUCUGAAGUUAAAGUUGAGGGGGGUAGGUCUAAAUAUUCUAAGCAAGAAAAAGAGGAUGAAUUUGAUGAUCCUGAUUGGGAGGAUGGAUCAAUUCCAGCAUCACAUUCCACGGAAAAUGAUCAAGAAGAAUUGAUCAAUGGAAUGACUGUUGAGUUUGAUGUUUCACCUGGAUCUGCAAAGCAGAAGGCGGUAAGACGGGUGACUGCUCAAGAGAAGGAAGUGGCUGAGCAUGUGCACAAGGCUCAUUUGCUUUGUCUACUAGGGAGGGGAAGGUUGAUUGAUAGAGCUUGCAAUGAUACUCUCAUUCAGGCUUCUCUACUUUCUCUCCUGCCCAAAGACUUGUUGAAGAUAGCAGAGAUACCAGUACUUACCGCUGCCUGUUUGACUCCUAUUGUCCGUUGGUUCCACAACAACUUCCAUGUUAGAAGUCCAAGUGGUGCUGAGAAGUCAUGUCAUUUAGCAUUAGCAUCUACUCUGGAGACUCGAGAGGGGACACCAGAAGAGGUUGCAGCAUUAUCUGUGGCACUAUUUAGGGCAAUGAAUCUCACAACGCGGUUUGUCUCUAUUUUAGAUGUGGCCUCCUUGAAGCCUGAUGCUGACAAAUAUGCAUCCACCAAUAAUGAUGUAAGCAAAGGGGGUAAAGGCAUAUUUAACUCAUCAACUCUGAUGGUGGCUGGACCAAGCUGUUCGUUUGCUUCUCCUUCGAAGUCAUCAUCAUUUGAUGACAUGCAGAAGGGUAGUCAAACUCCAGUAAGAGGUUCUGGUGAAACCAUCGCUGAGAAAUCUAUGAAUCGUGAAUUCCAAUCCCAUGGUAUUUUUGUCACUGACAAGUCCACAGAUGGAAAAUUAGACCCGUUGCAUACUGAGGCCAGAACUGAUGCUUCUGUUCCAUACCUAAUGGAAUCUGAUGGACUGAAGAGAAAAGGAGAUCUUGAAUUUGAGAUGCAGUUGAAAAUCGCGCUCUCUGCCACUGCAAUUGAAAGUUCUAAAAGCACCAUGGCUCCCAGCGUGGUGGAUUCACCCAGCAAUUCUUCAACUAUCACUCCCCCUUAUAAAAGAAUGAAGAAAAUUAUGACCGAAGGUUCAUCAUCUUCCUCAAAUGGAAUAUCUACAUCAAUUGGAUCAAAAAAGGUGGGAGCCCCACUUUAUUGGGCUGAAGUUUUUUGUAGUGGAGAGAACUUGACAGGAAAAUGGGUGCAUGUGGAUGCUGUCAAUGCUAUUAUUGAUGGAGAGCAGAAAGUAGAAGCUGCAGCUGCUGCAUGCAAAAAAUCUUUGAGAUAUGUUGUUGCUUUUGCUGGACACGGAGCUAAGGAUGUGACCCGCAGGUAUUGUACAAAAUGGUACAAGAUAGCAUCACAACGAAUCAAUUCAACAUGGUGGGAUAGAGUAUUGGCACCAUUGAAGGUGUUGGAGUCAGGAGCAACCAGUGGAGUCAUCAACUUAGAACAAGAAGCUUCAGUUGGUGAAGAGAUGGAAGCAUUGCAAGGAGCAGACCAUCCAGGUCAGGUUGGCCUUUUAAAAACUAAAUCGGAAGAGUGUAGUGAGAAGGCUGUGGUGUCUUUGUUGAAGAACUCUGUAGAAGCUACCAGAAGCUCACUUGAAGAUAUGGAAAUGGAAACUAGAGCAUUGACUGAACCACUUCCUACCAAUCAACAAGCCUACAAAAAUCAUCACUUGUAUGCAAUUGAAAGAUGGCUUAAGAAGUAUGAGAUUAUGUACCCUAAGGGACCCGUGUUGGGUUUUUGUUCUGGUCAUCCUGUGUAUCCUCGAACUUGUGUCCAAACACUUCAUACAAAAGAAAGAUGGCUGCGCGAGGGGUUGCAAGUGAAAGCUGAUGAACUUCCUGCUAAGGUUCUGAAGCGCUCUCUUAAUCUUAGUAAAGAACAAGCUCAUGUAGAUGAUGAGUAUUCUGAGGUCGAUCGUGAAGGGACUGUUUCUCUCUAUGGAAAGUGGCAGACAGAAAAAUUGUGUCUUCCUCGAGCCAUAAAUGGGAUUGUUCCUAAGAAUGAACGUGGCCGUGUGGAUGUGUGGUCUGAGAAGUGCCUCCCACCAGGCACUGUCCACUUGCGGUUGCCGAGGGUGGGUCUUGUGGCCAAGAGGCUGGAUAUUGACUAUGCACCUGCUAUGGUUGGAUUUGAAUUCAGAAAUGGCCGGUCAUUCCCAGUAGUUGAGGGUAUUGUUGUUUGUGCCGAGUAUAAGGAUGCUAUUCUAGAGGCAUAUGCAGAAGAAGAAGAGAGAAGAAAGGCUGAAGAGAAAAGGAGGAAUGAAGCACAAGCUCUUUCUAGGUGGUAUCAACUUCUUUCUUCCAUCAUUACUCGGCAAAGGUUGAACAACUGCUAUGGGGAUGGGGAUUCAUCACAACCCUUCAUUGACAUCCCAAUUCCGGAUAAUAAAUCCAGUAUACCUCCUAGUUGUACCAACCAGAAGAACGUGUCUCCCGUAUGCCAUCAAGUUAACACACCAGAUGAAAAACAUGAUGCCCCGUCAAUUAUACCUACACAAAACCACGAACAUGAAUUUAUCGUGGAUGAUCAGACUUUUGACGAAGAGAGUUCAUCACGAUUGAAGAAAUGUUGGUGUGGAUUCUCAAUAGAGUUUGAGGAGAUAUAG